CUGUUAACGCGUGGCUAGGGACUGUUAAUCAACAUAAUCAAAAUAUCCAAGAAAUUUAUUCAUUCAGCUGCAUUUUCUUGUGAGAAAUGGCGUUUUCCAACAUUUUGAAACGCUCCCUGCGCUCCGGGUUGCAGUUGCAAGGUUUUGGAUUACAGCCACCGCAGUCCUCUGUAAUUGGAUGCUUACUAAGUUCGCAUCAGCACCGCCGUGGAGCUGCGAAAUGGUACCCAGAUCCGGAAUUCAUGAAACAAUUCAGUGGCCCUGUGAUGUAUCCCGACGAAGUAACUUCGCUCUGGAAAGUGCCCCCAUGGAACAGUAAAGUCACGCCCGUCGAGAAGUCGGUGCGAAAUUUGACACUUAACUUCGGGCCGCAACAUCCUGCUGCCCACGGAGUACUCCGGCUGGUGCUUGAACUGGACGGCGAGACUGUUAUGCGUGCGGAUCCACAUAUCGGAUUGCUGCACCGUGGCACGGAGAAGCUGAUUGAGUACAAGACGUAUACACAGGCGUUACCGUAUUUUGAUCGCCUGGACUAUGUUUCAAUGAUGUGCAACGAACAGUGUUAUUCGCUUGCAGUGGAAAAGCUGCUUAAUAUUGAUGUGCCUAUCCGGGCUAAGUACAUACGCACUCUGUUUGCUGAAAUUACACGCAUUCUAAACCAUAUAAUGGCUGUGGGGACACAUGCCCUAGACGUUGGCGCACUCACUCCGUUCUUUUGGCUUUUUGAGGAGCGCGAGAAAAUGAUGGAGUUUUACGAGCGUGUUUCUGGAGCCCGUAUGCAUGCUGCGUAUAUUCGACCAGGUGGUGUGUCGUUGGAUAUACCGCUUGGUUUAAUGGACGAUAUCUAUGAGUUUGCCUCAAAAUUCGCCGAGCGCCUAGACGAAGUGGAGGAUGUGCUUAGCACAAACCGCAUCUGGGUGCAACGUACCGAGGACAUCGGCAUUGUAACUGCUGAGGAGGCUCUUAACUAUGGCUUCAGUGGCGUCAUGCUCCGUGGUUCAGGCAUUAAAUGGGACUUGCGCAAGCAGCAGCCAUACGACGCCUACCAUCUCGUAGACUUUGACGUGCCGAUUGGCACAAAAGGUGACUGCUAUGAUCGCUAUCUCUGCCGCAUCGAGGAAAUGCGUCAGUCCCUCCGCAUAAUCGACCAGUGCCUGAACCAAAUGCCUGCAGGAGAAAUCAAGACGGACGAUGCUAAAGUGACGCCUCCGUCGCGUUCCGAAAUGAAAACGUCUAUGGAGGCACUCAUUCAUCAUUUUAAGCUUUUUACUCAAGGCUUCCAAGUGCCACCUGGUGCCACAUAUACAGCCAUAGAAGCACCCAAAGGCGAGUUCGGUGUUUAUUUAGUGUCGGAUGGCUCCAGCCGUCCAUAUCGCUGUAAGAUCAAAGCUCCCGGAUUUGCGCACUUGGCGGCGCUGGAGAAGAUUGGCAAGCAGCACAUGUUGGCCGAUGUCGUUGCCAUUAUUGGAACAUUGGACGUAGUGUUUGGCGAGAUAGAUCGGUAGACCGAAGAUUAUUUAAUCAAUAUUACGCUUUCAUGAACUUGUGUAUAUGAAAAAUUGUUAUUAAAAUCCGAGCUAUGAUC